AUGCAGACGCAGAUCUGGAUUCAGUCAGCAUCUGCGCUCGAAACGAAACGAAAGAAAAAUAAAACACAAACUGAAACAGAAUCUGGCAGCGAGCGAGGAAAAUGGAAAUGGCAGGAAAAUUCAAAUCACAAACUCGGUAUUUAUUUGCGAAGCGUAAAUGCUUACCACUUAAAAUGUGCUCGACUGCCACCUAAAAACCAAUUGUUGGAAAAAGCACAACCAUCCGAAUGGGUGGAUGUUUGGGGGGGGGGGGGGAUGACUGAGUGGGUGGUAGGCGGUGGAAGGACACGGGAGCAGAAGGAGUGAAAGGACCAAAGGCAACAUAUGUUUUUUAUGCCUGAGCUGUCUAAGUGGAUACGGGCGGAACGAGUGCUCAGAGGAGCGACAGGAAAAGUGGAAGAUGGGGCACGGGGCAUGCUGGGCGAGAAAACUGCGGGACAGCUGCCAGAGCUUGUUAGAAUCUCCCAAAGGGGGAAAUUCCCUGGCAAGGCGAAAUAUGGAAUUCAUUAAACGAUUCGGUAUAUAUAGAAUAAAUUGGAUUGGAAAAGCAAAGACAAAUACCCGAAGCAAAAGUGGAACAAAGCUGGUUAAA